AUGCCUCCACGAAAGUCGCAAGCCUACGACGACUACGGCUCUGCCGUUGGCCAAGUCAUCCUCGCCUCGACCGACUCGGACUUCCUCGAUCAGUUGAUACCCAUUCUAAAGGACGCGAGCGUCAGCAAUCGCACGAACUCUCUCGUCCAGAGUUUGACCUACUACGCCGAAGACCGCGAAGCCGAGAUCGAGAACAUCGGCCUGACGAAGCACGAGGAGUUCCUGCACUCCGUCAACCAACUGCAGAAUGUCCGCGAAGGCACCGUCUCCCUGACGGGCGAAAUCCUGGAGCUGAACCAGUCGAUCCAGUCCAGCACCCAGGAGCUGGCGGAGCAGAAGCAGAAGCUCGUCGACAAGAGGGCCAUCCGGCAGAAUGUCUCGGACGCGUCCGAUGCGCUUAAGGAGUCGCUGAAAAUAUUACAUGCCGUCAACCAGGCGCACGAGCUGAUUCGCAAGAAGCAGUACUACGCUGCGUUGAAGUCGCUGGAGGAUUUGCAGAAUGAGCACCUGGUGCCGAUAAUACAAAACAAAUAUGCCACCCAGCAGCAGCUUGCGGACAUGAUCCAAAAGUCUAUACCGGCCUCGCAAAAGGCGAUCGCGGAGGCUGUGAUGUUGGACCUGAACACCUGGCUGUAUCGCAUUCGAGAGACGUCUCAGUUCCUGGGAGAGGUUGCCUUUUACCACACGGAGAUGAGAAGGUCUAGGCACAAGGAACGGACCGAGGCGGAUGAGACACUCAAUAGCUUCAAGCUGAACUCGGCAAUCGAGCUUGUAUUUGAAGAGGACGAGGAGUUCGAUGUGCUUGCGAACGAAGAACUCGAGGUAGAUUUCACUCCCCUCUUUGAGUGCUUGCAUAUCCACCAGGCUCUCGGACAGAGCGACAAGCUACGCGCAGAUUAUGCGGCAACGAGGCGGCAACAGAAAGAUCUUUUGAUCCCGACAUCGAUCCAUCUCGAGGGCGAAGAAGAACCGUCCUUGAACAGUCUACUCGAGGGUAUCGCUGGUUUCGCUAUCAUCGAGAAGGCUACAGUGCGGCGGGUGCCUCAGCUACGAUCCAGCGUCGAGGUGGAUGAGCUGUGGGAUUCCAUGUGUACUUCUGCAAUCGCCCUUACAUCCCGGUCUUUGGGCGGCAUCAACAAUGCUGAAGUCUUGCUCAAAAUCAAAUCCGUCUUUGCCCUGUCUAUCCAGACUAUGGAAGGCUGGGGCUACUCUGUCACGAUGCUGGACAAUUUUCUGCUCACGCUCUUCGACACAUACGCAGACUUGCUGAAGCGCCGCUUCAGCGAGGAUUUCCAGGAGAUAGUUUCGACAGACGACUAUAUGCCGAUGGCCAUUAACAGCCCCGAGGAGUACGAGAAGGUGGUGAAUGUCAGCUGGUUCACACAUGAUAAGCCACUCGAGGAGCUGACGUUCCCUUGCGUCCUGCCAUUUUCACAGAUGUACCCGCUGUGCUGUAUCGACAUUAGGAAUUUCCUCAACCAAUUUUACUUCUUUGCCGAUGACCACUUCCAGCAUCCCAAUAUCAUCGAUGACACAUUACGGAAGUCACUAGAUGAGUUGCUCACAAGCAAAGUCUGUCAAUCGCUCGUGGAGCGACUCAGUUCCCAGUAUCUAGGUCAGAUCGUACAGAUCCUAAUCAACCUAGAGCACUUCGAGAUCGCCUGCCAGGAGCUGGAGCAACUCUUGAUUCGAGCCCGGUCUUCCACGUCCGCUGGCGGCCCCGUAACCCUGUCUGCCACGGAGCAAUUCAGGAGCAAUAAGAAGACGGCCGAAAAGAGAAUAUUUGAGCUUGUGAACUCCAAGAUCGAUGAUCUUAUCGAUACAGCCGAGUACGACUGGAUGGCUACGACGCCUAUCGAGGAGCCAUCCAGCUACAUGCAAACGCUCACCCGCUAUCUCUCCAAUAUCAUGAACUCCACCCUUCUCGGUCUCCCGCGCGAGAUCAAGGAACUCAUCUACUUCGACGCUCUCUCCCACGCUGCCGAGCGCAUUCUCGCUUUACCGCUCCUGCCCGAGGUCAAAACCAUCAACCCCAACGGCGUGGCUGCAAUAGCCAAAGACGUCCGCUUCCUCGUCGAGUUCGUCUCCGGGCUCGAGAACGCGGCGAUGCUGCAGAACACACUCGAGGAGCUCGAGCAGACCGUCGCGCUGAUGCAGAUCGAGAACCACGACGAGUAUUACGACAUGGCGCUCCGCAACAAGCUCUACAGCAGGGUCAACGCCAUGAACGGGCCCAUGCUGUUGGAGAAACUGACGCACACGGUCGAGGCGCCAAGCCGUGCGGCUGCGACCAUGGCCAACUUCUCGAGCAGGUUCGGACUGAGGUGAGCGGUUGGACCCGGGGGGGGGGGGGAGGUAUCUUUCUUGACCUCCCGAUACCCGAGAAGACUCACCGCUGCCUGCUUUCAAUUGUCGCAUGGCGUUAUGGAAUUAUUCUUCUCGGCUGGGACGAGACAGCGUUGGGAUUAUUCUUUGUUGCUUUCCCACACUGUCUUUUCAGAGCGAAUCAUGCCGUCAUCCAGGUGCCUCUGUGUUUAACGUGGGCAGGUAUUUGUUGGGCCGAUAUUAAUAUCUCUCUGCAAUCACAUGGAUAAAUGUACAUAUUUCUUCAUCCGAGUCGGUUUUCUCUGCGAGGUCCGACUGGCGGACGUAUUUGUGUACCUCACGCUGUCGGUAGCACGAGAAUAGACAGACGUCCAAGACAAAGGAAGGUC